UCCUACAAAAGCCCGAUCCCUCCCCCACAUUUUUCUCACGAACGCAUUGGCGCGCUCUCUGUCGUCGACGUGAACGAGGACCCUCUUUCCCUGUCGUUUUUAACGUGAAGAGGAACUGUCGACUGUCGUUUACGCUAUGGAUGAGAAUUCUGCUUUGAUAGAACAAAUUCUCAGAGAAGAUGAGCUUGAGAGGAACGGUGGUGCCACCACCAAGCACCAAAACGGCGACGGCGGCUGGCAAACUGUGUCAUAUAACAAACGUAAUAAGAAGCCUUCGAGAAUGGAGAAUUCCGAUGCCGAUCACCGACCUAACGGCUCCACCGCCACAUCGGAUGUCUUCCGCUCGAUCGAGCUCCACUCUGAGGAUCGUCGCCGGCGAUCAAUCGAGGCUAAACUCGCCGCCGGAGAAGAUUCCGGCGCGGUUAGAUCGAACCGGAAUUCGGAAGAAGACGGGGAUUACACCGACGAGGAUGCCUCUGCCGGUGAAGAUGGCGAUGCAGAGGCCAGCUCGAAAAGGGCUAAGCCAAAAAAGCCGAAGAAACCUAAAGUGACGGUGGCAGAGGCGGCCGCGAAGAUCGAUGCGGGUUACCUGGGAGCAUUUCUUGUUGAUAUAACGGCAUCUUAUGAGUCGCAACAGGACAUACAACUGAUGCGUUUUGCUGAUUUCUUUGGGCGUGCAUUUGCAUCUGUGACCUCGGCUCAGUUUCCUUGGUUGAAGUUGUUCAAGGAGUCCUCAGUUGCAAAAAUGGUUGAUAUUCCCCUUUCUCACAUCUCUGAAGAUGUUUAUAAGACAUCGACUGACUGGCUCAACAAGGGCUCACUAGAUGCAAUUGGUUCCUUCAUGUUGUGGUCGUUGGAUGGCAUUUUAGCUGACUUCACAAGUCAUCAAGGAACAGCCAAAGGAACCAAAAAGGUGGCUCAGCAAGUUACUUCAAAGUCUCAGGUUGCAAUUUUUGUGGUUUUGGCAAUGGCACUUCGGCGUAAACCAGAUGUGUUGAUUAGUCUACUGCCUAUAAUAAGUGAAAAUCCAAAAUAUCAAGGACAAGAUAAACUUCCAAUUACUGUCUGGAUGAUUGCACAGGCCUCUCAAGGAGACCUGGCUGUUGGUUUGUACUUGUGGGUUCAUGUUCUCUUGCCUAUGCUGAGCGGCAAGACAAAUAAUAAUCCUCAGGCCAGAGACUUGAUUUUGCAGUUAGUCGAGAGGAUUUUGUCCUCCCCCAAAGCUCGUCCUAUUCUGUUAAAUGGUGCUGCUAGAAAGGGUGAACGCCUAGUGCCUCCUUCAGCCCUUGAACUUCUACUAAGGGUCACCUUCCCAGCACCCUCGGCUCGAGUAAAGGCGACUGAGAGGUUUGAAGCUGUUUAUCCUACUUUAAAAGAGGUUGCCCUUGCGGGUUCACCUGGGAGCAAAGCAAUGAAGCAAGUUUCACAACAGAUGUUGGAAAUUGCAGUCAAAGCUGCUGCAGAAGGUGUCCCUGACCUAUCAAGAGAGGCAAGUGACAUAUUCAUCUGGUGUUUGACUCAAAACACCGAAUGUUACAAGCAAUGGGACAUGUUUUAUAUGGACAACCUCAAAGCAAGUGUCGUGGUUCUGCAAAAGAUGUCUAACGAAUGGAACGCCCACUCUGUUAGACACCUUACUCUUGAUCCUGUGAAGGAAGCUCUGAAGAGUUUUAGGCAGAAGAAUGAAAAAGAAUUGAUGACCGCAGAAGGUACUGCCCGCCGUGCAUUGUUAAAAGACGCUGACAAGUACUGCAAGGUGAUUUUGGGACGAUUAUCGGGAGGCCAUGGAUGCAUGAAGAGUUUGGUGCUUGUAUCUGUUGCGCUGGCUGUGGGUGCCGCCUUCAUGUCCCACAAUGUCGGAUCUGGUGACUUGCAGAAAUUGUCUGCAAUGUUUAGUUCACCUUGAACCCCUUUCACUGUGGCCCUUUCACCGUGGCAAGUUUGCAGGUCAUUUCAUUGAGAUGGCUUGUCUGCAAAAUGGGCCGAGGUACUUUUAAUUUAAUAAUUGACUUGAUCCAACGAGAUUAAUUAAGAGUACAAACAGUAGUCGUCGUUGCAGGACCGAGGCACAAAAUUGCGUGAGAUGAAGGUUCUGCUGCUUCUGGUUUAUGGUUUGGAGUCAGUAUAGUUUCUUUUCUAUCUGAAGACAAUUUUACAGUGUUUUUCUUUCUAAAAACGAACAUGGUUGAAACUUUUUGAAUAUGAAAAUGAAACAUGGAUAUGCUUAGUGGGGUUU